AUGCCCACCAGCCUCGAACUCGCCAUCUCCUCCGUCAUCUCCUCCCAAAAAUCACUCAGCGUCCCGAACGUUCUCGCCGCAUACCUCCACACCACCGGCUUCCUCCCCGAGCCCGACCUCACGCACUGCGGAGGAGCCGUCGCGCAUGAGGCACUCGUCGCGUUCGAGCACGCACUCGACAAACAGCCUGCGCCGCCCCGCUCGCGCGUGCACGCGGCCGAAAUCGAUGACGUGCGGAAGAGGUAUUGGCUCUCGCGACUCGGGAACGAGGCUCCAAAUCGGUGUACGUGCCCGUCGUGUGGGAAGACCGUAGCGUAUGCGAGGGCGCAGCUGGAGGACCAAAAGGAGCAGGAAGCGAGUGGGGAAAAGCCGAAGCAGAAGACAAGGGAUGGGCGGAAGAAGAAGAAACGCGUCGUGAAGCGGCGCACAGGUUCCUCCGACAGUAGUUCGUCGUACAAUCCCUACGGCGCCUCGUCAAGCACAUCUGUGCUAUGA